GAUGCGAUCGGCAUAGAGGCAGAAAAUCUAUCCCUCAGAGACGAGGCGUUGUAAUGAUGUAUCUCCAUCUUGUCUUAGACGAGCAGAGCGAGAAGUCAUCUGUUUUCUUGAGAUCAGCGUCUGUAUGCCUUUUUUUGAGAGAACAUAACGAUAAUGUCAUGAACUUGAUGAGUUUUUUCUGUUUUUUUUCCAGGGAAGUGUAUGAGAACGGAGAAACUCGGUGAUGAAAAUCAUCGGGUGACCUUGAUCUACCCCGUCCUAUUUGAUGUUUUUUCCAUAAGGGUGAAGGAAAAUCGUAGAUAGCAAAUAAGCACCACGGCUAUUUAGUUUGUCUAGUUUUCUAAUCGGUUCGAGGAGUUUUUUAUGUAGUUGAUGUUUGCGCAGCGCAAAACAAGAGCAAUUUUUUUUCCGGACUAGGUUAUCUGGAAAACAAUAAUUGAGCCAUUUGAUGUGAAAAAAUCACGGUCUGGUGCACUAAGAAAAUUUGUAGCUAUAACAAACUGAUCUCGAGAACACAAUUAUUGGAGUAAUUGAACCUUUCCGCAGUGAUUUUAAGUUCGUCAUUCGCGUUCAUUUUUUUUUUAGCUCAAUAUCGACAAAUUGGUAAGCUCUAGGACAUAUUUGGGUCUUACUUGCAUCAUAAUCAGAUAAUAUCUUUUUUUCAACGACUAAGUUGAUCUCAAUAUUAAAGGCUGUUCAUCGUCAUAGACUUACCUAUUGCUGUUAAAGAUGACGAUCGCUGGAAGCCGUUUGCCUCCGACGCUUUUGCGUGUCAAUAGCAACUCACCCACAUCAAAACCUGGAUCCUCGAACACCAGCGCAAGCACAACAAGUGCCAUAUCCAGCAGCACGAAUAGCACUGGUAAGAAAUUGUGUAUUGAUCUAAAGAACGUACUAGUUAGCCGUAACCCUAGACGUACAUCUAACGUACCUAAUCCGUGUAUAGUGCCAGUGCGUAACAUGACACGCACACAGGUUCACAUCGAUAAGAUGACGUGCAAGUAGCUCUGUUGUUGACGAGGAGGGUUUAUAGAAAUCCAAUGCUGCAUGAUUCACAAUUGUAAACUUCUCACUUGAUCAUUAAGGGACCUAUCAGGAUUUCCCUAGACGUAGUUGGCUCGUUCUUCCCGUGUGCUUCUCAUACACGACAUCGAAAAACACAAAACAGCUACUUCAGUGUCGGCUGCAACGUCAUAUAACAAUACUGUCAUUGUCUUCGAUUGGGAUGACACGUUCUUUCCGACGUCUGCGCUAGAACGCAAUCGUCUUCUCCGCAUCCCGUGCCAAAAAUUGCGUCCACAGGUUGUCGCGCAGUUGAACCACCUCGCACAAACGGUACUAUAGAUACUGAUACUGAUUAAACCAAAAAUUUUGAUAGGUAAAAAGGAACUAUCAAGAAUUACAAGCCGCAUGAGCAUGACAUGGUCUUGAUCAUGAACCGGUGCGGGUCGUAGAUACAACAUUUACCUUGCAGUUUCAUCACUUUUUUUCGUUUAAGACCUGCUUGUUUUCCUUCUCGAAAUGGAAAUCUUUUCAAAAACAGUGCAUCGACACGCUGAACUUGGCCGAAAAGUAUGGAAAAGUGCUCAUUAUUACGAACAGUGCGCCAGGAUGGAUCGACACGAGUUGUCAAGCCUUUAUGCCUUUGUUGCACCCCAAAAUUCGAUCGUACCCCAUUUUCGCAAAGCCGAUGAACUACAUGUUAACCUACAAACUCGAUGUCUUCAAGCGUGAGAUGCUCCAUGGUCGCUACACAAACCUCGUGUCAGUUGGUGACGGCAUUGCGGAGCGAACAGCCACAUUGCGACUCAUAGGUAAUGCGUCGGACGUAUUUGUACAGCUACUUAUUUUUCCACGUAGUUCUGACAAAAAAUACAGUGGCCGGUCAAUUGGCUUGUUGAUAGUGAUCUCUCAUGAACCAUGACGACUACUACGAACAGCAAAAUUGUUGAUUCAACAACUUGUUACCAAUCCAGGUACCACAGCGGGGGGGUUACCCUGCCACUGCAAAAGCGUGAAGCUGAAGGAUACACCCACGAUGGGACAGCUGGUGGAGCAAUUAGAACUGACGCAGAAGCGGUUUGAGAAUUUGGUUCGGUAUGAGGCAGAUUUGGACCUGCGCACAAACUUUGGCCCAGUUCACGCUGCCGGUCGCGGUCUGAGUGCAACUGGUGGUUGCUCCUUUGUCCACCUGUCGCACCUCGCUGGCCCUGCGACUGGUAGUUCUUCGGCAAGUUUGAUUGGCCCAGCUCCCGUCGGCAACUCCUUAUCGUUUUUAGGAGGCGCAACGGGAAGUUUGACCACGGCCGCUGACAACAGAAGGAGUAGCACAGCGAGUGCUAACGAGAACAAAGACAACAGCGGAGGCACUAGUCCAAGCAACAGAACGGGUUCGCACAGCAUCAUCGGGGCUGUUGGUGGUCUCAGCAGUGUACCUCCUGGAAGCGCUCCCUCAGCCUCCUUGGCGGCAACGAGCGGAUCUGCAGGACCUAUGCGAGGCCUCGCGGGAAACUUCUCAGCCUUAUCCCUCGGAUCUGAAACCAAAAGCGCUGGAGGAAUCACCUUGGACGGUGCUACAGGUGCCGCAAAUGCCAUUAUGGCGAGCACAACUUUGAGCCUCACCAACGCAAACAACAGCCCAACUGCCUCUACCGCGAUUGCUGGAACACCUCUUGCAGCCACGACACUCCCAAGAUUAUUCGAUAGUGAAGGCGGCAAAUCGCCCUUGCUCGGCGCCGGAGCUAGGUACUUUCUUUCCGGAGCUAGGAGCUAGGAGUUGUAUGUUUCACUACAGGAGGACGUUCUUGUUUGGUGUAGUGACGACGAUUACAGAUAGAGAGAUUUAAUUUAGUACGUCAAAUGAACUGCACCAACAAGUGAAUUAUUUUUUUCUGACUAAUCGUAAUAGUAAUUUUACUCGCUUCUGUAGUUGUAGUAAAGAAAUCGACUCCACAAAAUAUAUCAGCGCGUCGCGCCUCCGGUCAUCCUUGCCGUCGACGGCCGACAAGAUCGUGCGGUCCUCAAAAAUGCCUGGCCGACGACCAGGGAGCCUUUCCCCGACGUUGAGUGCAGUUGGUGGCCGCCGGUGA